AUGGACGUCGUCGCAGCUGUGUCCGGUUACAUCUCGAAGAUGGUCUCCGUGGGAGACUCGGCCGCGACUGGAUCCUCCACAGCUAAGAUGAAGAUAUUAUUGCUUGAUAGUGAGACCGUACCCAUCAUCUCUACUGCCAUGACCCAGUCUGCUCUCCUGAACCAUGAAGUCUACCUGAUCGACCGCCUCGACAACCAGACCCGCGAGAAAAUGCGACAUCUGCGAUGCCUGUGCUUCGUGCGUCCUUCGGCUGACUCCGUACAGCUUAUUAUUGAUGAAUUACGGGAACCAAAGUACGGCGAGUACUACAUCUACUUCAGCAACAUUGUCCGUAAAUCGUCGCUGGAGAGGUUAGCGGAAGCGGAUGGGCAUGAAGUUGUCAAGGCCGUGCAAGAGUAUUUUGCAGAUUUCUCUGUGAUCAACCCUGACCUUUGCUCCUUGGGUAUAGGGUACCCGAAACAAAGGAUAUGGAGCCAGAGCCCAGAUAUUUGGAACUCAGAUGCUCUCCAGCGAGCGACGGAAGGAGUCAUCGCGCUUUUAUUGUCCCUGAAGAAGAACCCCUUGAUCCGGUACGAGAAGAAUAGCCAUAUAGCUAAGAAACUUGCCACCGAAGUCCGAUACCAGCUCACACAGGAAGAGCAACUGUUCAAUUUCCAAAGAACAGAUACGCCUCCAAUCCUACUGAUACUCGACCGUCGAGACGACCCUAUCACUCCACUAUUAAACCAGUGGACCUAUCAAGCAAUGGUCCAUGAAUUACUUGGCAUUGAAAAUGGAAGGGUUGAUUUGAGCAAUGUCCCAGAUAUCAGACCAGAACUUAAGGAAAUAGUGAUAUCCCAAGACCAGGAUCCGUUUUUCAAGAAAAAUAUGUACCAAAACUUCGGCGACUUGGGCGGGAACAUAAAGGAGUAUGUCGAACAGUACCAGUCCAGAACAAAGAGCAACAUGAGCAUUGAGUCCAUUGCGGAUAUGAAACGAUUUGUGGAAGACUACCCUGAAUUCCGAAAACUUUCGGGCAAUGUCAGCAAGCAUGUGACCCUGGUUAGCGAGUUGAGCAGAAAAGUCGGAGAGAAUAGCUUGUUGGAUGUGAGCGAACUCGAACAAAGCUUAGCCUGUAACGAUAAUCACACGAAUGAUCUUAAGGCACUUCAACGCUUAAUUCAAUCUCCAUCAGUCACGGCGGAUAAUAAAAUCCGCCUUGUUGCAUUAUAUGCUAUCCGUUAUGAAAAGCAGCCUUCGAAUGCAUUGCCAGUUUUGAUCGACCUAUUAACAGCGGCUGGAGAUGUCUCGCCGAAUCGAAUUAAUAUUAUCCCAAAGCUCUUGGCGUACCAUCACUCACUCCAGGCGCCCCCGGUUGCAGGUGGUUUCUCAGAUCUAUUUGAAUCAGCAUCGUUCCUAUCUGGUGCUCGCGACCGGUUUAGGCCUCUUAAGGGUGUCGAGAAUGUAUACACACAGCACUCUCCGCGAUUGGAGUCAACUCUCCAAAAUCUCAUCAAGGGUCGGUUGAAGGAACUCCAAUACCCCUUCCUCGAAGGCGGUGGACACACCCGCGACAAGCCUCAGGAUAUAAUCGUGUUCAUGGUCGGGGGAGCAACGUACGAAGAAGCGAAGAUGGUGGCGCAGGUCAAUGCCAGUUCACCUGGUGUCCGUGUUGUUCUGGGAGCGACUUGCAUCCAUAAUAGCGCUAGCUUCCUGGAAGAGGUGGAUGAUGCUGUUGGCAACUGGCCGGAGCCCCCGCCGACCACAGUUGCAGGCAGGCUUCGUAGGGAAAUUGGUCGUUGA